AUGUCCACUGUUGGCCAAACUAUCCACUGUAAAGCUGCUGUUGCCUGGGAGGCCGGCAAACCCCUCACCAUUGAAGACAUCGAGGUUUUGCCUCCACGCGCGCACGAGGUCAGAGUCAAGGUGCUCUACACCGGUGUGUGCCACACCGACGCCUACUCCUUGUCAGGUGUCGAUCCAGAGGGUGUCUUCCCAUCGAUUUUAGGGCACGAGGGUGCCGGGAUCGUUGAGAGUAUCGGUGAGGGCGUCACCUCCGUCAAGGUUGGCGACCACGUUGUUGCGCUCUACACCGCUGAGUGCAAGGAGUGCAAGUUCUGCAAGUCCGGCAAGACUAACUUGUGCGGUGCCGUCAGGGCCACCCAGGGUAAAGGGGUGAUGCCAGACGGGACCACACGCUUCAAGUGCAGAGGCCAGGACUUGUUCCAUUUUAUGGGUUGCUCCACCUUUGCGCAGUACACCGUCUUGGCCGAUGUUUCUGUGGUUGCCGUUAACCCAGAGGCUGCCCCAGACAGAACCUGUUUGUUGGGCUGUGGGAUCACCACCGGGUACGGUGCCGCCACCAUUACUGCCAAGAUGGAGGAAGGCGCCAACAUUGCAGUGUUUGGCGCUGGUUGUGUCGGUUUGUCCGUGGUCCAGGGUGCUGUUGAGCGCAAGGCUGGUAAGAUCAUUGUCAUCGACAUCAACAACAAAAAGAGGGAGUGGGCCGAAAAAUUCGGAGCCACCGACUUUGUCAACCCUACUGAGUUGCCAGAGGGCACCACCAUUGUCGACAAGUUGGUUGAGAUGACCGACGGGGGCUGUGAUUUUACCUUUGACUGUACCGGUAAUGUCGGUGUCAUGAGAAAUGCCCUUGAGGCCUGCCACAAGGGUUGGGGUGAGUCUAUCAUCAUCGGGGUUGCCGCUGCCGGUAAGGAAAUUGCCACCAGACCGUUCCAGUUGGUUACUGGCCGUGUCUGGAGAGGCUGUGCGUUCGGUGGUGUCAAGGGUAGAACCCAGUUGCCAGGAUUGGUUGAGGAUUACAUGAGCGGGAAGAUCAGGGUUGACGACUUUAUCACCCACAGACACAAGUUGGAUGGUAUCAACACUGCGUUCGAUGACAUGCAUGCCGGUGACUGUAUCAGAGCCGUUGUCGAAUUGGAAUGA